GUGCAUUUCAAAAGUCAUUAGUGCAAAGUGGAGUACCUAUCCCAUAAUAGUCAUUUGGGUCAAGAGGUUGGUUGUUGGAAAUAUGUGCAGUGUUAUGUGCUUUUUAUUAUUUAGAACGCUGAUCAAGAUGCAUCUAAGCUCAAUCCAAGUGUGCGCGCUGAUGACGCUGGCGCUGGCGACGGCGCCGCACGCCGCCUCCGCGCCGCACCACGUCGCGCGCCGCUCGUUCUUCAACCUGCAGUGCAAGGGCGUGUACGACGCCGCCAUCUUUGCGCGCCUCGACCGGAUCUGCGACGACUGCUUCAACCUCUUCCGGGAGCCGCAGCUUUAUAAUCUGUGCAGGAAAGACUGUUUCACGACAGACUACUUCAAAGGCUGCGUGGAAGUGCUACAAGAAACGGACCAACUAGAUCUAUUCAAGAAGUAUAUAAAACAAUUACACGGUGCGGACCCAGGGAUUACUGAUUAGGUCAAAAUGUUUCACCUCACCCUACUUCAAGGGUUGCAUGGAGUCUUUGUACCUCUACGACGAGGAGGAACAGUUAGAUCAAAUGAUCGACUUCAUCGGAAAACGCUAACACGCACACAGCCAAAUUUCGCGCCAUCACUUGACAUGACGCCAUAUUGUAUAACCCGACCGAUUUAAAAAUCAAACCAAACUCUCAGAGGAAUUAAUAUAAGUAAAGCCUUAGCUAGUUACGGAUAAAAGUACCAUCUUUUUUCAUUCAAACUUAUAAAUAUAAGGAUUCAAAAUUAAAUAGAAUAUAACGUUAUCGAAGAAAGCCAUCGCCAUGACAUGUUAAUUUAUUUUGUUUGCUAUGUUUGUCUAAGUACGCAAUUUGAAAUUUUAUCACAUCCGGUUUACAUGGAUAGGUUUUUGUAAAAUAACCUUAAAUUAGGUAUACCAGCUAAAAGCUAGUGAAUGUGUUGCCAUUCUUUUCAAAUAGGGAACAGUGAGAAAAGGACGGCUUUACUUUAGAUCUGUCAGUUUAGUACCUAUAGAGAUUUAUGUACAGCCGAAAUAGCACGUGUAGUACUACUUCUACUGCUAUGUUACUUCUUAAAAUAUGUAAUUAUUACUAGUUUUGGCCCUUACUUCCUUGUAUAUAAGCAUCGCUAAGGCUGUUAAUAUGUUAACUGACUAUAUUAAUUCCUCGGAGCACAAUCCAAACAAUAUUAACAGCGUAAAGGUAAAACACAAAUCCACCGCUUUGCCAACAAAAAGCAGAACAGAAAUGUCAAGUUCCUCCAAAUUGACGUCUGCUUUCUAUCCUCAACGUAUUCUAGUCUUUGUAAUUGUAAUGUUAUCAUAAUUUGUAUUAGAAAAUAGUGAUAAUUCGGCUUACACAAAUUUCGGAAACAAAACUAAAUUGACAGGUUCCAAAGUAGUGCUAUCCUUUUUGCAACGUUCCAUGUAGUAAAGGACAGCAUUAUUUUUGACAAAUUUAGUGAUGUUCGCGGAUUUGUGUAUGUGUACAACCGAAUUAGCACCAAAUGUGUAUACAGUGCUAAGGACAUUUAUUAUUUUGUGUUAUACAUAUAUAAGUGUUGUAAGCUUCUAGCUACGGGAGUGUAAUGUAUAUUAAUAAAGAUUUGUUUUAUUGAUUAUAUUAUUUGUAUUAGACGCCUCCUAGGUAAAAUAAAAAAAAAACAUUCAAAAUUAUAAAAAAAAAAUAUUUAUAUAGACUCACAGAGGCAGAUAUUCUCCUGGAUCCGAUGCUGGUCAUCAAAUUAUCUAUCUUCGAUGAUGAAAAUUUUCGACUGAGUUUGCCUAUUUAAUAAUAUUUUUACGCAUUCCAAACGCAGUAUUUAAUGAAACAAAUAACUUACGCUUUUUUAUCUGAUUUUUUCUACUAACAUGGUAGGCUCCGUUUGUAUUGUCGAUGGUAUUAUAUUAUGUUUAAUAGAUUUUACAGUAGUAACUAAUAGGCUUUUGUAAUAUAUAGUUUAAUUAUGUAAAUCACAAACGUGGCUUUUAAUGUAUGUAUUCCGAUUUUAGUUAACGGUUUUAAAAAUAUUUAAUUGGACGCAAUCUAUUUGAGUUUUGUUUACAUUUACAAUUUAACGCACGAUUUAAAUAAGAAUUGGUGGUAAAGUGAAACACAAAAUGACAUGAGAAGAUUUUAGUAAAGUAAAUCAUUUUUAUGUUUUACGAUUUAUAUUGUAAAUUGAUUUAUUAAUUUAAGGAGAAUUUAAUUUAUUAAUUACUACCCUUUAAAUUAUUUAAUAAUUAAUUAACCUUUUAAUUUAAUUUCACAUUAUUUAAAUUGAAUUAAUUAAUCAUACCAUUGCACGGUUUUAUUCACUUUACCUACCGUCACAUAAAAUAGGAAUGGUUGAGUUGUAUUUAGCAAUUUAAUUAGUUCAUAAGUAUUUAUAAAGAUUUAUUUUUUAUAUACUUCCGACCUAUUUAUUUGUUACUUUUUACGAUUUAUAAUUUAUUUUUUAUUAUUGUAACGAUAUUAUAAUACUUGCAACCGUUGAGAAUACCAGUGAUUAUAACUUUUACUGACUCAGGCUAAACGUACUUUGGCUACUAACACUUGAUUUACGAAUAUUUAUUUAAAUGAACUAAGUACCGAUUACAUACGGGACUAUUGAUUUAAUUCAUAAUCUAUUCGAAAAUACUUGUCUAUGUCUAAUACAUUUUCUCUAUGCUCAGGCGUCAGUGGCCACAGUACGGUCAGUCUAACGUAUUUCUGAAAUUUUUAUCUUGUAAGUUGCGGUUUAUACUUAUUUGACUGUUUUAAUUAGUUCCACUAAAACUUUUCUCUGUAUUUUGAAUCUCGAUUUUUAUAGUUUCUUUUAGCGUUUCUUACCACACAAGUUACCAUCAACCAUAGACAAGAUUUUUUUUUCUGAAAAUCUAACUUGUGAUGGAACACGAAUAUUUAAAGUUAUAACAAACUUUCUUGUUUUAAGUGGGCGCCACUUGAGUUGAAACUGCGCGGUAAAAUUGACAGAUUUUUUGACAGCUCUCAUGUAUGUCCAGGAGUUUGAUUACAUCUUUUUAUGUUUCUAUAUUCAGUUAAUCGCCCAUAUUUUCAACUUUGGUGAGACACUAUCACUCCUAUGUUUAGAGAAAUGGUGCCAAUUAUUGUCCCAAGAAAAAUAGUUGUAACGAAUUUAGCUAAUGGUGUAUGGAGCCAGAAAUUAAAAACGAUUUAUAGGGCCUAUGGAAUUAUUGUAAUAAUAAAAAUAUAUUGAAUUAGUAAAAUAUUAAUCUAUUUGUAUAAAUUUUAUAUACAACAGCUAAGAAACGCUACGGGUUCCAUGAAAUAUAUUUCAUUUAAAAAAAGAA